CGCCGAGCCUCGGCGGAAACAAUGUGGUUCCCCUGUCGUUUCAUCAACCGUGAGGCCUUGACUACUAGUCAGUAAGUGCUCGCCACAUUGGCGGUCUUUUACGAGCGAUGACGGAGACAAGGACUCGCGCUCAUGGAUCUCCGCCGAUUCAGCCGGAAGCCGAACCGCCACGGAAGAAGGUCCGUAAAGGCACCCGGAGUUGCUGGGAGUGCAAGAGACGCAAGAUCAAGUGUGUGAUGGAAGGGCCCGCCGAGACUCUCUGCCAAGGUUGCAAGGGGCGCGGCACCGCAUGCAUCGGCCAGGAGUUCCCGGAUGUGCCCACCAUUCCGGGGACCCCCGGGACCAGCAGCAAACAGGUCGGGGUUGAAGAUAGGCUUGGCCGCGUCGAGACACUGGUUGAGCAGCUGGUUGAGCACCUGGUCAAGGAUAAGGAUGUUCGUGCCAGCGGCGCCCCAAAAGACCCGGACCUCUCGGAUUACCUGCGCCGAGAUUGCCCACCGAGGCCGGUCCCUCCACUAACGCCAGCCACUUCCGAAGUGCAGCAUGUACGAUCGCCUUUCAGUACCAAAUACGCCGAGCUGUCCCACAAGCUCUGUGCGGCAUGGCCCAGCCAGCGCGACAUCGAUCUGCUCCUGAGCGUCCCGGUCGGGACCGCUGGGUUCCUCUUGGAGAAAGCGAGCUGUGCGAAGCGCCUGAACUUCUCGUCACCCCGGGAAAUCCUACGGCUCGCCCCUUUACCGGGAGAUCAUCCAACGCUGAUUGCAAGAAGACUCUUCUUUCUUGCCAUCUUUCUGCGAGGCGUCCCGUCCAGCGUGCCGGCUCUAGGGCGCCUGAGUGUGAGCUACCGCCAACUCAUGACGAGGGCUGCUGAGGCAGCCGGCCUAGUCACCAGCAACGAUGCGCUCGUCAGCUCACUCGAGGGUAUCGAGUGCAUCGUAAUGGAUAUCGUCUACCAGGACGACGCGGGUAACAUCCGCGGAGCGUGGAUGGCGGCUCGUCGGGCAAUCGCCAUGGCCCAGAUGUUGGGCAUACACCGCGUCUCUCGGGGGACCAACUCUUCGUCACCGCAGGUCCUCGAGCCGGAGAGUCGGACACGGCUGGACCCCAAGCGCAUGUGGUUUCGUCUGGUGCAGACAGACCUUUACCUCUCCCUGAUGUUAGGCCUACCGCCCGCCUCGUCCGACACCGACAUUGCGUCCCAAGAGGCCUUGGAGGGCUGCACGGCUGUGGAGAGAAUGCGGCGCUUCCACUGCGCUGCAACUGCUCGUAUCCUACAGCGUAACGACGACAAUAUGAGAGACAGCGCGUCGACGUAUGAAGUUGAUGGCCUGUUACAAAAGGCAUCCGCAAGCAUGCCGCCCCAGUGGUGGUUACCCCCCACCUUUAGUGUUUCUCGACGCCGCAGUGGCCAGGGAGACGAUCUGGAGGUGGUCUCGCUGGAUGAAUGGUUGCGCGUCAUGGACCAGCUAGUGCACUACCAUCUCCUAGAGCGCCUGCAUAUGCCCUACCUGCUGUGCUCUGCCGGCGAGGCCAAUGACAGCCGUAUGUGCACGUACAGCAGGAUCACAGCCCUCACCGCCAGCCGCGAGGUGCUCUCCCGCUUCGUGUCAUUCCGCAGUGCCAAUCCGACCGGCUUGUAUUGCACCCACUGUCUCAACUUUCUCCCCUUCACCUCUAGUUCCAUCUUGUGCCUCGCCCAUAUUGAGGCCUGGCGACGCCGUCAUGCUCAGAGUUACGCCAACAGCGCAGAAGGCCCUCAGAACCGCGAGGCAAAUCACAGUAGUGCAUUCGACUUCUUCAUACACCAGAGACCGAACGACCGCGGCCUCGUGGAGCGUACUGUGGAGUGUCUCGACCAACAAGCCAGUGCCCACGCAGACGCUGUCGCGUUGAAGAUGGCCACCAUCCUCCGCCAUCUUCUCGCGCUGGAGGAGGAUGCCGCCAACGGCGGCACCUACCACACCAGUUCGCGGCCGUGGUCCCCGGGAGUGGGCGAGGACGGAGGAGAGUCCGGCGAUGUCGAGCUCGGGAGAAUGGGCGACGGGGGUAAGGCGCUGCGCAUCCGUAUUCCGCAUUUCGGGAUCAUCGAGUUGGAGCGUGUCGAACAACAAGCCUCGCACUUGCUUGUGCCUGCUGACCACCUGGCGGUUGAGGCGGACGACUGGACCCUGCAGGGAGUGGAUAUGGCUUUCGAAAACCUCAUCCGCGGAGUGGGAGAGCCGGAUGGGGUUGCCGAUGAGCAGUGGGCGAGAUGGGAUGGCUUGUGAACCGUCUUGAGUUGCCUAGCGGAU